GACCGCGAGUCCUUGCAUUGUCCCUCUGUGAGACGGGAUAUCAAAGUGCCCUGUGCUUGAGGCCCGAGCUGCCAUAAACCACCAUCAGCUCACAGUGACUUUGCAAUUUUUUUCCUUCUUACUUUUCAUAUCUGCAACAAAAAACGCCACACGGGAACCUGAAAAGAAACUAAAAAGGCCUCCGUUUAGAACUUUAUUUUUGUUCUUUAAUUCUUCUUCUUCUUCUCUCUCAAUCCCAAGCGUAAAAUCGACGAUCCACCCUUCAAAAAAACUUUCCAUCAUGGCGCGGGGCAUGUCCAGCUACUCCAUGACUUCAACCUUCAACGGCUACGCCUCCGACUAUGAAGAGAAGCUUCUCAACACCGUCUGGGUGAGCAUCGUGGGCCUGGAGGUGCUGAUGGUGCUUGCGGUCGCUACACGGGGCCUCUUUCGACGAUUCAGCCCGCACCUCAAGCUACCAUCACGAUAAAAAAAAA